AUGGGUCUGAUAAAGCUCCUCCUCAAAGCAAUCAUAAUCCCCAUCGUCGUCCUCGUCGUCAUCAUCGUGGCCGUUAUACUCCUAAUCAAGAUGCGUCGGGACCGCAAGAAAAAGGAGAAAGAAGAGAAAUUCAUUCCACCGCAUAUACAGCAGUGGGUGCCGUAUACGCCUGUGCAGCACCCUGCUCCGGUGUAUACUAAGGCACCGGGGGAGAUGGAGCAGGGGUUUGCGCAUGGAUAG